AUCAGUUCAAUAAAGGCCAAGCCUACAGGCUGCUGUUUUGCUCCAAGUUAUCCUGGUUGGUGUCUUUGUUUUGUCCAAGGGGGCCCUCGGAUUUUCCGGUAACACAAUAAAGUGCAUGUAUUACUCAGCCAUAAAUAAAACUUUCACAAAUCCAAACUUGUUAGGAAGCACGCUAAAUUGACAGCCUUUAUAGCAUAUUUAACCUGAAGACUGGGGAAAGUCAUUCUACACUUCAAGCUGGGAUCCAAAGGAUUCUCUUCUGUCAACCGGAGGGAAAGUUCUGUGGAACAAAUGAAAUUGUUGGAGAGGCGAUGGAGGAAAUUGCAGGAAUGAUGAUGAGGGAGAGAAAUGCAAGAUGGGGCAUCGUGUUGGGCUGCGACAGAUUGUAAUGGAUUGCUUCGAAGUCGGGUCAGCAACAAAUUGGGGGGUGGGAGGAAUCACCCCCAAGGUAGCAACCCUACUUUAUGGAGUACAAAGAAGCAGAAUCUGCAAUGUCCCCAGCACCUUACAGUUUGGGAUGAGGGAAUACUGGCUCUUCAAGGGUUAAAGGCAGCGAUUAUAUUAUGACAGAGGACUUCCUGGGGGAGGAGAGGAAAAGCGUCACUUCCUCCUCCGUUUGUCACAUUUGAACAGCUGCGAGGGAGGAGAUUCUGCAGCGCGGAAGACUGUGCCUUUUGCAAGGAACCUGCAGCUUCUGAGCUCCUCAGGAAGGAUGGAAGAGUCUGAUCCUGCGAACCUAGCGAGGAUGGAAGGGGGAAGAUGGACGGUUGACCUGGUCCAGCUGCCUCCCACAACCUCUGACCGUUCCCCUCCAGGAGCCUCAGAGAGAUCUGCGAGGAUGGAAGGAGGAAGAUGGACGGUUGACCUGGUCAGGCUGUCUCCCACCACCUUUGAAUGUUCCCUCCCAGGACCUUUAGAGAGAUCUGCAGGUGAUGAACACGACAGUCGUUGUUCUCGGGUCUCAUCAGAAAGAAAUAAGCAUGAAGUCAAAGGAAGGACCUUUCAAGAUCAAGAGGAAACAAGACCACAAGAGGAAAACCAAGAAGAAAAUGGGAGGUAUGAAGGCCUUCUAACGCAGACUGAUAACGACCAUCGAAUCCCAGUCCAGAAAAAACAUCAGAAGGUGAAGAGAACAAAUGAGAGACCUUUAUGUGGCAAAACAUUCAAAAGUAAGUCUAGCUUCAAUUCACACUGCAGAAUCCACACAGAGGAGAAACCAUGUAAAUGCUUGGUGUGUGGAAAGAACUUCAGUGACAGCUCAGGCCUAAAAUCACAUGAAAGAAUUCAUGCAGGACAGGAAUCAUACCAAUGCCUAGAAUGUGGAAAGGGUUUCAGUCACCACUCAAACCUUAAAAGACAUCACAAAGUCCACAGCGAGGAGAAACCAUAUACCUGUUUUAAGUGUGGAAAGGCCUUCACUAGCAGCUCAGGCCUUGUAUAUCAUCAAAAAAUUCACACAGGGGAGAAACCGUAUACCUGUUUUGAGUGUGGAAAGGCCUUCACUAGCAGCUCAGGCCUUGUAUAUCAUCAAAGAAUUCACACAGGGGUGAAACCGUAUACCUGUUUUGACUGUGGAAAGACCUUCCGUCACAGCUCAAGCCUUGCAAUACAUCAAAAAAUCCACACAGGGGAGAAGCCGUAUAAAUGUUUGGAGUGCGGAAUGAGCUUCGCUCACGGCUCAAGUCUUACAUUGCAUCAAAGAAUUCACACUGGGGAGAAAUCUUAUAACUGUUCGGAGUGCGGAAGGAGCUUUGCUCACAGUGGUAGCCUUACUUCACAUAAGAGAACCCACACAGGGGACAAACCAUAUAAAUGCUUGGAAUGUGGAAAGAACUUCAGUCAGAGUUCACACCUUACUUCACAUAAGAGAACCCACACUGGUGAGAAGCCGUAUAAAUGCUUUGAGUGUGGGAAGAGCUUCAGUCAGAGUUCACACCUUACUGUGCAUGAGCGAAUCCAUACAGGGGAAAAACCAUAUAAAUGUGUGACAUGUGGAAUGAGCUUUAGUAACUGCACAUACCUUGUUUGCCAUCGCAGAAUCCAUACAGGAGAAAAGCCAUAUAAGUGCUUUGAGUGUGGAAAGAGCUUCAGCCAGGGCACCAGCCUUACAUCACAUCAAAAAACUCACAAAGGUGAAAAACUGUAUGCAUGUUUUGAGUGUGGAAAGAGCUUCACUCACAGCUCAAGCCUUGAAUCUCAUCAAAGAAUUCACACAGGGGAGAAACCAUAUUCCUGUUUUGAGUGUGGAAAGAACUUCAGUCACAGCACAAGCCUUACAUCGCACCAAAGAAUUCACACAGGGGAGAAACCCUAUAAAUGUCUGGACUGUGGAAAGAGAUUUGCACAUGGAUAUAGCUUUACUUAUCAUAAAAGAACUCACAUGGGAUAAACCAUACAUAUGCUUGGAGUGUGGGAAAAGAUUUGGUCAGAUUUCACAACUCAUUUUGCAGUAGUGAAUCAAGAGGAGAAACAUUUAGAUGCUCGUGAUGAGGAAAGCAUUUUAAUUAGAGCACCGCUGUUGCUAAACUUCAUGAAAUUCAUACAAGAUUUCACAUGGGAGAAAUCACGAGGGUGCAGAAUAAUAAAAAGUACAAAAAAGCAGAUAAUAUAGAUGUUAAUGGUUAAAGGAGUAAAUUCACAAUAAACAAUCCCUGUGUA